UCAGGUAUGGCUGAAUUAAUUAACAUUAACAAUGAGCCAGGUGCAAUAUCGUCAUCAACACAAGAAGGUGAUGACUCAAAGGUACAAUCUCAAUCAGAACCUUCAACCAGUGAAGAAAGUAGCAACUCAAACCCAUCAUCAAUCGUACCCGAAUCUCCAAAGCCAUUAGCGUUUGUAAUCGACUUUGGUGAACGAAAAUCCGUCGAUACAAAUCGUUUUAAAAACAUGUUUGAAAAAUAUCAAAAUCGUCAUCGUCGGGGACAAUCAUUAUCAAAAAUUCAAUCACCCGUACAAAAAACGACCAACCCUGUACAAAAGCCACCAUCAAGUGUAUUCCCCCGUAAAACAGAUUAUCAUUCCGAAGGAUAUUUUUCAUCUGAUCAAGAGGAAAAAAGUGAUGCAUCAUUUAUACGACAAUUAAAAAUGUUAGGAUUAAAAUCGAAUGUGAUGAAUGCUGUGCAUGGUCAAACGAAGAAUGAUUUAACAUUACCAUUACAAAAUACAACGACUCAACGUUUAGGUGAAUCAAAUUUUGAUAUAAAUAAUAUUGUGAGUCCAGAAAUGGAUUUAAAAGACAUAUCUAGUCCAGAAUUUGAUAUUUUAACACCGUCAGAUCCUACACCGUGUAUGGUGAAAUCAAUGCCAGAAUUUAAUACGAAUACAAUACAAUCCGUCGUACAUAGUCCACAAGUUAUACAAAAAGAAUCAUCACAAAGUAUGUUUAUACCAUUUCAUCCGAUUAAUAAUAAUAAUCAUAUAGCUCCAAGUCCAAUAAAUAACAUAAAAAAUCAUAAAGUAGCUGAAAAUACAAAUACAAAUCAUAAAAUAGCUGAAAAUACAAUUGUAAAUAAUCUAACAAACAGUAUUAGUAUAACAACAACUAGUGAAAGUACGACAGAAGAAAGUACUACAAACAAUAUCGAUGAUAGUUAUGAAAUUCAAGAGUUCGAAGAUUCUGAUUCCGUUAGUGAGGCUGGUACUUACACUUUAGAUGCGGAUAAUUAUACAGAAGAACAAAAAGCACGGAUGAGUAUUGAUCGUGAAAUAACAAAUAUACCAGAAUUGUCGGCUGCCCAAAGGACACAACAUUUUGUGGAAAGUACUCUACAAUAUGUAUCAAAUAAUUUUGAAAGUGAAACAACAACAAAUUCAGUUGGAGAAGGUGUGAAAAAUAUUAAUCUACGAAAAACUACAACAGAAAUCUCAAUUGAUGGCAAUAAUUCGUUAAAUCUAGUCAAAAAGAAUGUUAUUUUAAAUAAUAUCGAUUCAAUACGUAAAAAUAAGAAUACUAAUAAAAUAUUAUUUGCUAGUUCAAAAGCGAAAAAUGGUUGUGGAUUAGAACAGGAAAUUGAUACAGGUCGUUUUACAUCAAUAACAACCUGUGGGGUAUUUAAUCAAGAAAAAAAUCGUACUCAAUCACAAACUGUUGAAUUAUCACCCGAGAAAAAAUCACCAUCUCGACGAAAUAGCUUAACACGAUCGGAUGUUUAUUUCGAUAAUAUUAAGCAAAUCGAUCAAACCGUUAAAAAACCACCGAUAAGUCCCACGAAAAUACCUUCACCGAUUCAUAGUUUAUCACGACCACGUAGUCGAGCUAGUGCGGAUUUAUCUGAUAGUAGUGUAGAAACUGAUUGUUAUUUAAAACAUACCCAAAAUGUAAUCUCGAAUUUACAAGCACGUUUAACUUCUGAUACAAAAUAUGAUCAACAACGGAAUAAAAUUGCACAAAAUAUAUUAAAAAAUCAAACGAAACAUAUACGACAUAACUCGUAUGAUUCAAAAAAUACGAAUAAUAAGUUAGAAAAUUUUCAAGCGAAAUUAUUUACAACAAAUAUUGAUCAAACACCGAACAUAGCAACACGAAGUCCAACACACAAACUAUAUAAUUCACCCAAUAAUAGUCCAAUAAAACGUUCGAGUAGUUUUUCGGUGAAACAUUUACAAACAAGUACAGAAUUUGGUUAUAUUAAUUCACCGAUAUCAUCUCCACGGGUACCAAAAGAAACAAAUUUAUUACGUAUGUCACCAAAUUUAAAUGAUAAUUCAAAAGUGCAUCGAUCAUCGUCUACGGCUAGUAUUAAAAAACAUUUAAAUCCAUAUCAUAAUCGACGACAUAGUGCAAAUUCACCAGAAAAUCGUUAUGUGUCAAGUAAUGAAUCGUUAAAUCAACAGAAAACAACACGUCACGAGAAUAAGAAUCAAAUUUUAGUUACAUCAGAAUCAAGUAGCGACGAUGAUUUUGGUAAUAACAUAUUUAUUCGAAAUAAAGAAGUCAAUAAUAUCACAAAUACACGACAUAAUCGCGCAUUUAGUUUACGUCGAGCACGUUUAGAUUUAGAACCAGUCAAUACAUCGAAAUGCCCGAAUACACCAGAGAUGCGACGAAAAUUUGUAUCAAAUACACCAUCAUCUAUGGCAAUUACAACACCUGAGUUACAGAAAAAAACUGGUACGGUACGUAGUGCAUCGAUUGAUUCACGGAAACCUGAAGUGAAAAGUCGAUAUUUAUCGAAUAUCACAAAAAAUACAAAACCAGUUGCAACAACAACGAUAUCGAAUGCAUCGUCAGUGAAUAAUGUAUUAUCGAAAAGUGUUCCAAAUAAUCGAAGUUCAUCGUCAUCGUCAACGGUUUCAUCUAGUGGUGUUGUUAAAUCAUCGUCGUUAAGUGUUCCUCCGAAAAAUACUGCAAUUGCUAGAACGGACUCAGGAAGAUUUAGUAUGCGUGCUGUAAAACCUAAACAAACCGUUACUACACCAAAAACUAGCAAUAAAAAAGGUAAUCGUAGCAAUUCAACACUAACAAGUCGUGAAGUAGAAUUUCAAAAUUGGAAGCGGAGAAAAAGUUAUGAUCCAAUGAAAGCGGCCGCUGAAGGAAAACGUAAAGCUGAAUUAAACAAAAAAUUGAACCAAAAUAAUUCGAAUAAUAUAAUGACACAAUCCUAUACACAAACUAGCCAAGAGUGUGAUAGCUCACCAAGUCAUUCUAGCUCAGUGCAUCGAUCACAAAGUUUUCAUGGAACAGGAGGUCUUGAUAAUUAUAUAUCAAGUGAUGAAGAUUUAACAUUAUCGGCUGAUGAUGGUGAAGGUAUUACACCUCCAGCACCAACGCCAAAUACAAGAAGUCCAGAUAAAGUAAUAGGUAGCCAAUCACAUGUUAAACAAGCAUGGUGCGCGAAAAAUACUCGAUAUUAAUUUGUAAGUAAAUUAUAUAAAACGAUUUAAAAAAAAAAUCAUAC